UAGCAAUCUUUUUCUAUCACCAUAAUCUAUGGAUGAUUCAAAUAUCAAAAAGACUCAUCGAAAUAAUGUAUUGACCAUAUUUAUUCAUUCAGCAAUAUAAAUGCAUGAUAAAUCAGCUUCGGUUUUUUUAUGCAUCUUGUUAGUCAUUCGUUUAAUAUUAGAUUACCCAAACUUCUUUUUUUUACUCUUAUUUUGAAUGAUGAGUAACUAUGUCUUACCUAUAAAAGCAAACAAACUGUUAUUUUUGUUUGGUAGAGUACCCAUGAUUCUUUUUUAUCAACAAAUUAUUUUACGCAACAAGUGUUAAAAUUGCAUGUGCAACUUGCAAAAAACUCAUUUUUAAUUUUUUCAACUAUAUGAAAAAGAAUAUCCUGUAAAAUAGAACUAAAAGUAAGUAACAUAAGAUAUAAAGCAAUCAAAUUUAUUUUUUGUAUAAGUCUAACAUUAUACAUAUAUAUAUCUUUCUCUCUCAGUAAAUAAUAGACUGAGUUGAGGAGCUGAAGUUUAUUUUGGGUAACUGGAAAAUGAAAAUUUUUUAGAACCUCGUCCUCGUAAAAUAUUCCUUUAAUGAUGCAGGUGUUUCGAAGUAGUAUGAUGGAAAUAUAUUAGAAGCGUAGAACUAACUCACAACAAUACGGAUGUUAGAAUGAACAUCAAAGGAUUGUUAGUGCCUCAUUAUAAAGAAUGUAGGAAGCUAUAAAGUUUAUGCUACGCCAUUUGAGAGUGAAGAGCUGUUGAAGGCAUAAGAGGAGUGAGUGAGAGAGCUCAUAAAUAGCUCGAAGGGGAAUACAGACGACGAUCCUGAUGACAGCUCAGCCAUAGCUUCAAGAAAUAAGAAACGGUUCCACGAUUGAAGAAUAAGAUCUUUAUCUGUCCAAAGUUUAUUGCUCAUCUCCGAGCAAUAUUCAGAAAAUUGUCACGUUUAGUUUAGUAGCUUCGGUCCACAUGUUUUUAACUAACUGAAAGAAAUGAAUAGAAUGAACACCAAUUGGUAUUUGUACCUAAACAUGAGCAGAUUAAUGGAUUUGGGUUCCUAAUUUCGUUCUGAAGUCACUCUUUCUACUCGAAUUAGAAAAGGAAAAAAAUCUAUAUAUCUGAUGUUACAGAACGAAAAAAUUGUUUCCUAAAGAUUUGCUAUCUUUCUAGUAAUGGCUACAACUACUGAGUUAAAUCUAUUGCCAAGCACCUUUUCUGAGCCAUCAACAGCAUUCGUGUGUCCUUUAACACUCCAAUUAUUCCGUGAUCCAGUUAUUGCUGAAGAUGGUUAUACAUAUGAACGAGAGGCAAUAAUUAAAUACAUAAAUGAAAAGCAUAAAAGUCCAAUAAAACCACUACAAAAUUUAUCUAUUGAUGGAUUACGUCUAAAUUUACAAGUUAAAAAAAUGGUUGAAGAAUUUGAAAGAACUAUACAACAAAAACAUUAUCGUUUUAAAUUAAAUGUUGAUAUAAAAAAAGGUCGAAAAACUCUAUUUCAAGCUGGUUGUAAAGUUUUAUUUGAAGCUGAAUGGCUAAGAAAAUUAGAAGGACCAAAAAUUGUUUUAUUGAAAAUAUUUGAUACUCGUCCCGAUCGUGAAGCAUCUUUUUAUGUUGAACUAAGUCGUCACCAACAUAUACUUCGUACUUAUGGAUUAGUAGAACAGGAUCCACCAGACCUUGAUUCAGUUAUGUUAUUACAGGAAUAUGCACCUGAAGGUAGUCUAUUUGAAUUACUUGAAGAUCAAAAAUCUGUACCACAUGAAUCGAUUUUAUUUGAAAUGUUUAUACAAAUAGCCGAUGCUAUGUCCUUUUUAGCAUAUAAUCGGAUUAUUCAUGGCGAUUUAGCAUGUCGUAAUAUACUUGUUUUUCGUUUUGAUGAAAUGAAUCCAAAAAAUAAUUUAGUCAAAGUAACUGAUUUUGGUCUUAGUCGUGCUACUUCUAUAUAUUCACCUAUUUCUGCUAAUAGUCGUUCAACUAUCAACAUUAUUCCAAUACGUUAUGCUGCACCUGAGGUACUCCGUCAUGAUAAUUUAUCAAAAGAUGUCUAUAGUGAAAAAUCUGAUAUGUUUUCAAUGGGUGUACUUAUGUGGGAAGCUUAUUCCAAAGGUAAAAUGCCAUGGACAGGUGAAAAAGAUGAGAAUGUAAUAAGAAAAGUUAUCGAAGGUCAUAGACUAGAGCGACCUCCGGCGUGUUCAAUAGAAAGUUGGUCAAUUAUUCUUGAUCAAUGUAUGGCUGGGCCACCGGAAGAUCGACCUUGUUUUAAAAAUCUUAAGGACGUAUUUACUCA